GCCAGAGCUUCUGCACUGCCCCCCCUGCCCUCAGCCUUUAAAAGACAGAGCACCUAGUCACACUGACAUUAUACACCCUCACACUCUCUCACACACACUCACACACACUCUUUGAGAAUAACUCUGUCUGGUGUGGGAGCGCUGCUGCUGCUGGAACACUAUAAGAGGAACACUGCACUGACUGACUGACAGCUGGUAUACCUGUGUCUGCUCUGCUCUUCUGAGAAAAGAAUAUUAAACCUGAUCCAAUCUCCAUCUUUACCAAUCAACACAUCUAUCUUAUCCCUCGACCAAUCGAAAACUUCCGUAUCUUUCGUCACUCCCUCCCUGUUAGAGCCAUGGUUCUGUGUGAGGAUCUGGAGUGUGGCGUGUGUUUCCAGAGGUACUCCCGCAGCGAGCGAGUUCCCAGAAUGCUCUUCUGCCACCACACCUUCUGCACCACCUGUCUGGAGAAGAUAGCGGUGGAGCGCAGCAGCAUGAUGAGCAUUCGGUGCCCGAUGUGUCGCCAGGUGUCCUGUGUGCGCGGCGGGCUCAGCCUGCAGGAGGCACUGUGGGUCAACAGUCGGCUGUGGGACGGCAUUAGCGAGGACCAGGACCAGGAGGAGGAGGAGCUAAGCAGCGUCGCGGCAGCAGCACAAACUGAAUGUGGGUUAAGGCCGAGCCCCAAGCCACAUCGACCCAAACUCCACCUGCCUGCUUUCCUGAAGAAACUGAGUUUCCCCCGGCAGCCCCAGGAGAGCAUCGUUCCUGGAUGUAAUGUGCAGAUGAAGUCAUGGCGAAGGCUUUUGGGGGACGAGACGUGUUAAAGAGGUCGUACCACCGCGACCUCGCCACGCCACACAAUGAACUCUCAGUUUGUUUAGCUAUUGUUAUUUAAAGCGGUCCUGCCAUGUGCCUGCCAAUC